AUGACAGAGAAUGUCAAAAUCAUUCAGCAAAGGCUCAAAACUGCACAGGGCCGACAAGAAAGUUAUGUGGAUCAGCGAAGAAGGGACUUAGAGUACAAAGUGGGAGAUCAUGUAAUCGUCAAAGUGACCCUGAUAAAAGGGCAUGCGAGAUUUGGUAAAAAAGGAAAACUGACUCCUCGCUACAUUGGACCGUUUCAGAUCCUUGAGAGGUUGGGUCAUGUUGCUUAUCGUAUUGCCUUGCCAACGGGAAUGGAACAAGUGCACAACAUUUUCCUUGUAUCCAUGCUUCGUGGGUAUCUUAGAGAUCCGUUCCAUGUGAUUGAUUACCAUCGGAUUGCUCUAGAUGAUGAUAUGAUGUAUGAAGAAUAG